UAAAUCAUUCAAUUAAAGCCACAUACAGUCUACUUCUAUCUCCCUCCUUCCUUGGCUAUCUUAUCUUUACUUCCUCACUACAUUCCCAGAAAAAUAUGGGUUCUCUAUCUGAGGGUAAUGCUGCCAUGGGAAAGACAACCGUGCACCGCCUUAUCGCGGAGGAAGGAUCGGUGUUGAUGCCCGGUAUCCAAGACGCCUUCUCCGCCGCCAUUUGUUACAAAACUGGCUUCAAAGCUUGUUUUGUCUCUGGCUUUGGUGUCUCUGCCGCCCUCCUUGGCUUGCCUGACUUUGGCUUGCUCACAACUGCAGAAGUUGUAGAGGUUGUUCGUAGAAUUACUGCUGGAUCUCCAAAUUUAUGUGUGGUUGUUGAUGGAGACACCGGCGGUGGUGGCCCUCUGAAUGUCCAAAGGUUCAUCAAGGACUUGAUUAAUGCAGGUGCCAAGGGUGUUUUUCUUGAGGAUCAAGUGUGGCCUAAGAAGUGUGGUCAUAUGCGUGGUAAGGCUGUUGUGCCUGUAGAAGAGCAUGCACUUAAAAUCGCAGCAGCAAGAGAAGCCAUUGGUGAUUCUGAUUUUUUCUUGGUCGCAAGGACUGAUGCAAGAGCACCCCACGGUCUUCAAGAAGCUAUUCGAAGGGCUAACAUUUACAGAGAGGCGGGAGCUGAUGCCACCUUUGUUGAGGCACCGGCCAACAGGGAGGAGUUGGAUGAGGUUGUGAAAGGUGUGAAAGGUUUGAGGAUCGCUAACAUGAUCGAAGGUGGAAAGACCCCACUGCACACACCAGGAGAGUUUAAGGAAAUGGGAUUCCACUUAAUUGCUCAUUCACUCUCAACACUUUAUGCUACAACCAAAGCUUUGGUUGAUAUCAUGAAGGUUCUUAAGGACAAGGGUACAACCAGGGACGAUAUGGACAAGAUUGUUACUUUCUCUGAAUUCAACGACAUGAUUAGUUUGGAAUCUUGGUAUGAGACGGAAUCAAAGUUCAAGAAUUUUACCCCAAAAUCUUUGGAAUCCUAAGCAAAGAUGUUGUUUCUUUGGGAUGAGCAUGAAUCAAAGUUCAAAAUUUUCACCCAAAAAGUAUUAUCUCAACGCAAGUGAUUUAGUUUGCCAAAUAGUGGCAUUAGAUCGAAUUUGUGAGAUUGAAUUCAUAUCAUUGUUUGCUUAUGAAAUACGAAGUAUUAAAUAUUUGUCCCCCCCAAAAAAAAGUUAAUAUAUGUUUGUAAUAAAAGGCAAUUGAGCUAUGUUGUAAGUUAAAUGUACUUGUUCAAAUUACAUGCAACCUUAAAGUUAUUUUCUUUGAAUAUCAGAUGAAACAAGUUAUUGCUACUA